CUCUCUACCUAGCGAUCUACUGACAACAAACAAGGGGAAAAAAUAUGGUGAAGGGUGACUGGGGGCUCUGUGGUCCUCACAGACCCGCGGCCGUUCCCCUCCUUUUUCACCUUUUGCCCACUCCCCCACGAUCUCCUCCCCAAAUCUCCUUCCCUUCCCUCCUCCCCACGACUCCCGCAUCCCCAUGGAGCGUCGACCGCCCUCGGAGCCCAAGCGGAGCGGGAAGGAGAAGGCCCGGAAGGGCGCCGCCGCCGCUGCCGCCGACGGCGGCGACGAGGAGGAGGUCGCGGCCGGGGAGGAGGAGGACAAGAAGAGGCGGCCCCCCGCUCCUGCUCCUGCUUCCUCCGCGGCCCGGCGGGGAUCGGGCGGCGGGGGGGCGUCCCAGCCGUGCUGCCAGGCGGAGAAGUGCACCGCCGAUCUGACGGAGGCCAAGAGGUACCACCGGCGGCACAAGGUGUGCGAGGCCCACUCCAAGGCCCCCGUCGUUAUCGUCGCCGGCCUCCGCCAACGCUUCUGCCAGCAAUGCAGCAGGGGAAUCUUCCAGCCAACUAUUCCAUCCACAAAUACAGAAAAGAAGAAAAAAACAAAAAUGAAGGAACAAACGCGUCACUGUGAACCAUAAUUGACCUUCAGGGGAAUUUUAAUGCAGAGCCGAUCCCAAUAGCUUUCGUGAUUGCCAUCCAAGUUGCCUUUCGUUCUUUGUUUCUCUCUUUCCUUUCCCUUUUCGAUCUUUUUCCCGAAGAGAAAGAGGGAAGAGUGGUAACUUGGAGCUUUUUGAUACUACUUGGACCCGGUUCUUUUUCUUAUUUUUGGCUGAUGUUUAGUUGUUAGAUAUGUUGUUUGGUUACAGUAUGUGGAAUUCUGAUACUCUAAUCUUAUAUAUUGAUGUUCUGUUAAUGCUCACGGAUGCUAAGCUAUGUUGUCUUCUUGUGUUCUCAAUGGAUGGAGAGCAAUUGCUGCUGGAUUUUGUUUCUAUCGGAAAGCACUUCGAUGUUAGAUAUAUAAUUGACUGCUGAUUUGGAGCCUGCUAUGUUCAUUUCUUUUGUUCUUCUAGAACUUGAGCUACCCAGGUGAAGUUAAUUGUGACACAAAGUUUAAUUCUACAGAACUUAACAGGAUUUAGGUGUAUAUUUGGAGCAUUUGAGAAGGAGGGCGCAUUCUUGUUUGCCGGUGUCUUGGCUUGUAGGAUACAGGAAUGAUGGUCGAGCACCGUUGACUUUUCUUAGUUUUACGAAUUUUAGAGUUAUUGCCAUGCUUUAUUCUGGCACUUUAGAAGAUUCCUGUACUACCGGCUAAUGUGGACCAAUGUCAUGUUUUGAUCCCAUCACGAGUGCAUCCUCUGGAAAUGCUAGACAUUCUAUGAUCAAUUUUGUUUAGCACUCUCAGCACAAUUAAGGUGGAUCUGUGAAGAUUUACUUUUCGAAAGAAAAAAAAAAAAAAAA